GGAGAGAGAGGGAGAGAGAGAGAGAGAGAUGGAUUUGUUGACCUUGUUCUUAGGUGUCUCUUUGGUCCUAUGGAGUCUUCGGACAGCCUUUAUCCUUAACAGGAGACACAGAAGUAAGUCAAUCUCCGGCAAAAAUCUCCCCCCAGGCCCAGUUCCUCUCCCCAUAGUUGGUAGCCUCUUCAAACUCGGUGACAAACCGAACGAGUCACUCGCCGAACUCGCCAAGACCUAUGGCCCUCUCAUGACUAUAAAGCUCGGUGGUGUGACCACCAUAGUUGCUUCUUCUGCUGCCAUAGCCAAAGAGGUUCUACAAACCCAUGACCAGGCCCUAGCCGGUCGAACCGUGGUGGACGCAGUUCGGGCGUUGAACCACUACCAGUCAUCUAUGGUGUGGCUCUCUGCCUCCCCUCGCUGGCGAAACCUUCGCAAGCUCUGUAACCAUCAGAUCUUCACCACACAGAGACUUGACGCCAGUGAAUCCCUGCGACGCCUGAAGGUGUGGCAACUCCUCGCUCAUGUUCGUGAAAGUGCCCAACUGGGUCAAGCUGUUGACGUUGGUCAAGCCGCAUUUGCCACCACUCUCAACUUGUUAUCGAACACCGUCUUCUCCGUCGACAUGGCUCGUCCCGGCUCUGAGACCGCACAGGAGAUGAAAGCUGUGGUUUGGGGAUUAAUGGAAGAGGCAGGAAAGCCGAACCUUUCGGAUUAUUUCUCUGUACUGAAGCCGUUCGAUCUACAGGGUAUAAGGCGUCGGUUUAAGAUUUAUUUAAGAAGACUGCACAAGCUGUUCGACGAUAUGAUCGACCAACGAUUGAACUCCAAAGCUUCUAUUUCUUCUCCUACGAUAAGAAAUGAGGAUUUAUUAGAUGUCCUUCUCGUUCAUUUCCAAGAAAACGCUUCGGAAUUUGGCCAUUCCGAUAUGAAAUCUUUGCUUGUGGACAUAUUCGGAGCAGGGACGGACACCACCUCAACAACAUUAGAAUGGGCCAUGGCAGAGCUGCUCCAUAAUCCAGAAUCAAUGGCGAAGAUUCAAUUAGAGCUCCGAGAAAACUUUGUUGAAGGGAAACCAGUGGAAGAAGCAGAUGUCGCUCGGCUUCCUUACUUACAAGCAGUGGUAAAGGAAACCUUGCGGCUACACCCACCCGUUCCACUCUUGAUCCCUCACAGAGCCGAAACUGAUGUGGAAAUCUGUGGUUUCUCUGUACCCAAGCAUUCUCAAGUACUGAUCAACGCGUGGGCUAUUAGUAGAGAUCCCAGUAUAUGGACGAACCCCACUUCGUUUGUUCCUGAGAGGUUCUUGGGUUCGUCAGAAAUUGAUGUCAGAGGCAGAGACUUCGAGCUUAUACCUUUCGGUGCUGGGAGAAGGAUCUGUCCAGGGAUGCUAUUGGCGUUGCGGAUGGUGCACUUGAUGUUGGCUUCGCUUCUGCAAUCGUUUAAUUGGAAGCUUGAAGGUGGGAUGUGCUCCAAAGAGAUGGACAUGGCCGAUAAGUUUGGGAUUACCUUGCAGAAAGCUCAGCCCCUCAGGGCAAUACCCCUUCAGGUUCAGGUGUCCGAGUCUUGAAAUCUUGUAUUUUGUCUUGGAUUGUAGGUUGCCCAAAUCAAGGGAAAUCUUGAUUU